GGUGGUGUAUUUAUUGAAAAGAUUCACAAAGAGGGAACUAUAGACAGGGACGGUAGACUUCAAGCUUAUGACCGAAUUCUCGCGGUGAAUGGUGUUGAUCUCCGUAAUGUUACUCAUGCAGCCGCCACUUCGACCUUAAGAGAGACAAAGGACCGUCUUUUGUUGACAAUUCUACGUGGUAGUGGAACUUUCUCUUUCUCUCUCGCUGACAUUAUGCAAACCUACAAUGUAGUUCUUCAGAAACAACCUGGAACUGCAUUUGGUCUCGCCUUAGAAGACAAUCAAUUUGGUGGAGUUGUUAUUGCAAACAUCACUCCUGGAAGUCCUGCCUCUCGAGCACCAGUUUUGCAUCCUGGUGACGUAAUUCUUGAAGUCGAUGGUUUGGACGUCCACAAAGCUUCUUCUGAUGACGUAAUGGCUAUGCUCAAGCAAUGUUCGACCCAUGUCCUCCUGAAAACAGGCAUUCCAAAGCCUCCAAGUGGUUAUCCGAUUCCUCGAUUGCGACUAUUCACUGUAUUGCUCACAAAUCCUGCUAAGACUUCCCCGAAGAAAGACUUGGAAAUAUCUGUUUCUGCACCCGUUCUACCUGUCCUUGAACAGCAAACGGCAUCCAAUCCCGAACCAACUUUCAUUUUCGGUUUAAGCUUUCGUCAGGCCUCAGGAAAUGAAACCUUAUACGCUCCAGGUAAUCUCAUUAUCGAUAGCAUCCAACCAGAUUCUGCCGCUGCGCGUUGUGGAAUGCUACAGGUUGGUGACCGAUUAUUAGGUAUCGAUCGGGAGCCAGUGGGCUGGUUAACAAUUGACGAUCUCCAAAAAUUCUCUAGAAACCUUGAUAACCUUACAUUUGAUUUCGGUCGUCUUCCUCCUUGCAAACAUGCCAACAUCUCCAAAUCCUCCUUACUUCAAUUAGACAACGUAGACUUCUCCCCCGCACCUUCACCUAGGGUUCUGCCAACCGUCACGGAAACUGAUGAGACAAACGCAGUAAAAGCAACUAGUCCACUAUCUGUUGUCGUGGAGAACACGCACAUUCCUACUACUGGAAAGUCACUUUCGCCAGUAGGUAACCUUAGUGAAAGGUUCCAUGUUGGGGCUACGAUUUAUGGGGGCGAUAGUAUUGACGAAGACGAUGAAAAGGAUGCUGGCAACUUCAAGAUGCGACAAAUCCAACUGCCGCUUCCACCGCUGGAUGCUACUAAUGCUAAAUUGGGUCUCACACUUCAUGCUACUCGUAAUUCAUGCUCAGAUCAAAGAGUCAUUAAUCUUGUACCUGGAUCAGCUGCCGCUGCCUCUGGGCUGCGCGUUGGUGAUCGAAUUAUUGGAAUUGAGGAACGUCUUCUCUUUGCUUUGGGUCAAGACUCAGAGUCUAUUACUGAAUCGAUUGAGUCAAUAUGGAGGUCACGAUGUGAUACCCCCGUGACCCUGACCAUUGUGAGGGAUUCAUCUAGACAAUCAAGCUCAUCCAUUGCUGCUGCUCCGUCUAUUGUGCCUGAUAGUGGUCACGAGAAUCUCCAUAAUUUUAAACACAUAGCUGGUGUGGCUGCAACCGGUUUAGGCCUCAUGGCUGCUCAUCAUCACGCUAAGAACCGUCGCCUUCCUAAAGAUGUGGGUGACAAUCUUGACGUUCAACUCCAAGCCGGACCGCCAGGACUCCUAGUUCCAGGUAUUGCCACUGGUUUCGCGGCCGGUGCUUUCUAUGGGGGCGUCGAUGAUAACAUGGGUCAACCCUUCUAUGGUGGUGGUAACGGUUCCGAUCUUCUAGAUUCAACUGUCGCUCUCCCAGAACGUCAUUUCGAUAGCAGUGGUGGUGGAGUUUUCAACGAGGAUCGUGAGCACAAUAACUUUGAUGAUAUUCAACCUCCUACAGACAAUGAGAAUUUCGGGUUUGGAAAUGGCCACGACAUUAAAGAUGAUGACAUAUUGGAAGGCGAAUGCUUCUAUGACAAUCUGGAUGAUUUUUGUGCCAAGAAUGGCCACAUGCCACUGAGGAACAAUGAAUGCACUUUUGAAGAUUCUAGCUACGAAAUCAAUGGAGUAAUUAACGGUACUAAUAACAAUGGACGAAGUCAAAAGAAAUUAAGAACUUCUCAAAGCGUCUCUCGGGUUGACUUUCUCUAUACUCGAAAUAAAUCUACUAGCGAGUAUCCGAGUCCAAGGCCUAAGAGAACUCUGAUUAAAAGGCGUGCAUCAUUUCCAGCUGCUCGAUUUUCAUAUCAAGAUAUAAAUUCUCCAAUUCUGAUCGAUGAGGACUAUGAGGAUACGAACAGCCAACAUCAACUGAUUUCGGGGACAACACAAUGCUGGAAGGUGUUGCGUUCGAUGCAGACUAGUCGCACUAGUGCUUUUUAA